CGAAAAUAUUUUUAAACUAUGAAAUGAAAUAUCACUAUUAUAUUAUAUUAUAAACUAAAUUGAAUCAAAAUGAAAUUAGACACACAACUGGGCCGCGGAAUACUUACCACUCUGCUCUUCUGCACACUAUCUCUAGCAGCCGCAGAAGCAACAUCAUCGGUGGCAGUGGCGGUCACCGAACAGGCUCAGCCAUCCAAACCAACCAGCAACCACCUAUUCAUUCUCCACAGUGCCCAAAUCAGCAACAGUCUCCGCGUAACGCAGUACUGCAACACCAAAUGCAUCAACAGCGACUCCGCCUGUAAAUCAAGCUGCAUCAAUGACCUCAGCUUCACCGACGAAGACAUCCUCAAGCGCACUCAGAAAUGCACCACCGAUUGCCACACCCAACCGGAAGAACUGAUCUCCAUGUGCAUCCAACGAUGCUUCCACUAUAUGGUUGACCCUCUCCGGCAUGUAGUCAGUGAGCGGGAGAAUCGCUUGGCGGCGGUGGGAAAUGACGGGAUGCUUGUGGAGAAUGAGUUUAUUAAGACGCGUGUUAGGUUGAUUGGCCCCAAUGGGUUGCCGCUGAGGGAGGAUCAGCAGCCAGCGACAAGUAUUCCAACUGGACGGGCGCCGAUGCUGCUGGCAGAGGAGGAGGAUAAUGAGAGGAGGGGGAAGGGGAGGGAUGAGAGUGCAAGGUCGGAAGGGUAUCGCGUGGAAACAGUGAACACCGCCGAGGGUUUGCUGAGUCGUCAAAUGCAGGUAUGGGGCGCACUAUCAUUAGCUCUUGCUGCUGCUGUUUGGAUUUAA